AUAAGGUGAUCCGAUUCAUUAAGAACAGCCGUUUGAAGCCAAAUUAGCAGAGCAAUAGAUUUGACUGAUUGAAAAGAACCGUUUGGGAACCGAGUGAGUCGAGCCAAUACAUCCGACCAACCGAAAAGGGCCAUCUGGGAGUCGAAUAAUGUGAUCUGAUUCAUUGAGAAGAGCCGUUUGGGAGUCGAAUGCACCGAGCCAAUAUAUCUGACUCACUAACCCUAACAAGAGCCAUAACCUCGCAAGCUUUCUAUUUAAAGGGCCUGUUUCAAAAUAAUCGUUAAAAAACGCGAACCAUAGGAAUGAUACUUCCGGAAUUCGCUGUGACAUUCUCGCGCAUGCGCAGUCAGAACCGGAAGUGGACGCUGCAACUGUUGCUGCUACAGUUCACAGCAAGUGGAGCGUCAAAAGUGGCAGCUGCUUUCCAGUUUCUCAUCGAGUUUAAAGUCUGAACCUUUGCAAAGAUGAUAACUCUCACUGACUCACAAAAAAUCGGGAUUGGACUGACGGGUUUCGGAGUGUUUUUCCUGUUCUUUGGGAUGAUCCUGUUUUUCGACAAAGCACUCCUCGCUAUUGGAAACAUCCUGUUUGUGGUCGGCCUCGCGUUCGUCAUCGGCCUGGAGAGGACUUUCAGGUUCUUCUUCCAGAAGCACAAGAUGAAGGCCACCAGCUUCUUCUUAGGGGGCGUGUUCAUAGUGCUGAUCGGAUGGCCCAUCGUCGGCGUGGUGCUCGAGUUUUACGGCUUUUUCCUCCUGUUCAGGGGUUUCUUUCCGGUGGUUAUCGGUUUCAUCAGGAGGAUACCCAUCCUCGGCUCCUUGUUGAACCUGCCCUUCAUCAGCGGGUUUGCGGACCGAGCGGGCGAGAGCAACAGCAUGGUAUAACGGACGCCGUGCCAUUCUUUCUCCUUAUUUAUGACGGAUUUCCUGAAACAAACUGUUUAUGCUCGUGUUCUAAAAGCCAUGCCCAUUCUUUUCCCUUUUAAACGGGGGGUGUGUGUGAGUGAGUGAGUGAGUGAAUGAGUGAGUGUGUGUGUGAGUGAGGGAGAUUCUUUUUUUUUUCCCCCCCGUAGCCAAUCCGUGUGUGUGGGAACUGAAACAGACCAGCAUGUGGAGUUAUUUAUAUACAUACUAUAAGGUCUAUUAUUGCUGUAUUCAAAAAAAAAAAAAAAGAAAGGAAAGAAACGGAUCCCCCCUGUCCUCGGUGUCGGUGGAGGCAGCGAGCGGUGGCGCACGGGACGAGGAAGAACGGACGGGAGGUUUGUUCUGUUACACCGACGGCUCGGGUUUGCUUCAGCUCCGAGUCGGACACCACGACGACGCUAACGUCUCUAACGUGGGCUGUUAAUGAUCAGUACUUUCUUUUUUUAAAGGUUUAUUUUUUAUCAAAAUAUUGAGAUACUGUAAUAUUGAGUAACACGUGCUUACACUUUGUAAAUACAGUUUAAAAAAAAAUCAAAAACAACACCACAAAGCUGAUGUUUGUCCUUUCAUUCAAACACAGAUUUAAUAACCCUUUACUGCAUGGAAACUGUUUUUUAAUAAUACCAAACUACUGUUUUCCUACGGAAGCGAAAAAAGGAAGGGCUUUCAUUUUUUACAUAACCCCCAAAAAAAAAAAAAAAAAAAUUGCCAUGUCACAUGACCAUUUUUCUAUUUUAAAGAAAUGCGUUGAAACGCUCCGUGAGAGAAGUUCACAUUUAUUUUAUGUCAGUUAAACAAGUUUCUAUAUUUCCAGUGUUCUGUUAAACGGUGAAGUGUCGUCGUUGCCAUACGGCAACAAGAUGCGGUAACGGGACCGUCGUACGUGCGGUCAUGAAUUGAAGCAGGCGUACACGGCAAAAAAACAAAAAAAACAAAGACGCUCGGCUUCUCUCGUGGUAUCAUUCACUAUAUUUACUGUAGGAAUUUCAGACGUUUUGCAGUUGCACCUUAUUUUCUAAAAAUAGAAAGAGUGAGAGAACAAAUGAAUACGAUGCUUCACCUAAAACAUGCCCGGAUGUAGUUUUUGGAUGUAUUCUGAGUGCGUAAAUCCAGCCGCAUAUAUUUUUUUUUUUUACAUCUUUAAAUCCUUUCUAAAAGAUAGAACUUUUGCAUGUUUACUAGGUGACUAAACAACUCUGCAGAUUAUAAUCUGGGAAAUGCAGUCAUGGGAGUAAUCUCAUGGGUUUUGUGUUAUUUUUGACUACAUGAUCCUUUCCACUCUCGCACACUGUCGCCAUAUGGCAACAAUUUACCAACUAACCCAAUGUAAAACUUUUUUUUUUUUAACUAAUUCAAGUAAUAAAAAUCCAUAAAAACAUUUUUUGACGCAAAUGUAAUAAUUCAUGCAGUAGAGGGUUGAUUAAUUAAUCAAUUAAUCAAUCAGUUACUUAAUGACACACCUCACAGUGCAUAGUUUUAUUUAUAUAUACAUAUACACAGCACAAAAAACAAAACAAAAAAAAAACCAGGAAGUCAGCUACAGUGUUUCUUUUUUUUUUUCUUAUACUUCAUUUAUUUAAAAAGUUUCAUUUUUUAUUUUUUCCUUGACAUAUAGCUCUCCCAAACCC